AUGGUAAUUAGACAAAAAAAAAAAAAAGUGACUAAGAAUAAAGCUUUUUUAUUAAUUGCUAUUUUUUUAAAAACAACAGGUAUUAAAUCGAUUAAAGUUGGUAAUGGUGAUUUUUCAGUGAUAGAUAUUACAGAUUCAUUUGAUGAUUUAGUAACUUUAUAUAAUGAUCAAUAUUCAAUAGGUGGAGUUUGCAAUAAAACAUCAUAUAUUCAAUUUGAAAAACUAUCAUUAGUAUCAUUAAAUGAAUCAAUAGAUUUAAUCAAGUUAGAUGAAAAUAUUUUUUGGUUAAAAGUUAUAAAUACUGUACAAAUUGGAGAAAAUCAAAAAUUUAAUCUAUUACUUACUUUGGAUAAUUCAACAACUAUCCAAUUUGAUGAUUUUUUUACUUUAACUUGUAAAGAAAGACCAGUAAAUAUUGAAAGAGAGUUGGUUGGACAAAAAUUAUUUAUAGAUAAACAAUAUAAAGGGAGAUAUGGUAUUUUAGUUCAUAAUAUUGGAUUAGAACAAUAUUUGUCAGUACCAGGACUAGAAAAUAAUUUUAUUUCAAAUACAUUCACUCAAGGUUACUAUGAUGAUUCAAUAUUUUAUACAGAUGUUAGUAAAAACUAUACAAUAUUUAAACCAGUGAUAAAGCGUUCAGCAUCAGUAAUUUCCCAACUAUCUAUUGAUACUAUUUUUGGUUCUGUCUCAACAUCUACCAAAUUAUAUUUAACAUCUUUUUUAAAUAGUACCUAUUUCAAGAAUCCAACAAUUGCUCCUUUACAACAUGAUAAUAAUUGUUCAUCUUUAGUAUAUGAUCAAUGUUCUUUACUUUUUGUUGUUCAAGCUGAUUUUCAACGCCCUGGUAUUUAUUUUCUAAUGAACAUGGAUAGUAAUAGUAAUCUACCAGAGUUGGUUUAUGGUAAUAAAAGUUAUGGGCAUUGGUUAUUUACCAUUAAAAAUAUAGCGGAAAGACAAGGAAGUUAUAUAUAUCCAAUUAGUUCAUUUGAUUCAACUUUAGGAUUUUCAACAAUUUUUAGUAGAAAUAUUAGUUAUUUUGGUCCAACUGGUGUUAAUCUUCCUGUGAUUCAACAAUCUUAUUUUGGAACUCAAAUUCAAAAUUCUAUUUUUAUAAGUUUUUCAAAAUUUGUUAUACCAACAACAGUUAAUUAUGGGGAUAUUUUUAUUGAUAAUGGAUUCAACACACUAUCACACUUUAAAUAUCCAUACUUUAUCAAUACAAUUAAUGCACAGGGUGGUGCAACAAAUACUUUAUGGGUACCAUCAUCUCCUUAUCAAAAAUCAAUUGCUUUAGAAAUUACAUUACAAUUUUAUUUUAUUAAAUAUCCUUCACCAAUUUUAGUGGGUGGUAUUAGUGGUAUUGCAUCAUUUAAAGAAUCAAUACCCCCAGUAUUUGAAAAUAUCGAAUAUUUUGACAGCGUAUCAGAUGACUGUAUCGUUAGAAUUAGUGCAAGUGAUGAAGGUGGUUCAUGUAUUCAAAGUAUAGCAAUUUCAUUUAUUGGAGCAUAUGAGCCAUCAAAAGUUCAAUCAAUUUUCAGAAUAACAAAUAGGAAUUUAAUUGAAGGAGAUUGUUUCAAAGGAAUAUAUCAAAUUUCAAUUCCAAAAUAUUCAAUUAGAAGAAAUUAUUUCAUAGAGAUGAAUGAUUAUGCAAACAAUUUAGUUAAACUUUAUCCAAAUAAUUUUUAUUCGGGAAAAAGAUAUUUAGGUUCAUUCCCUUAUCAAGUUUUAACACUUGAAGAUAUUGAAAGUAUUGGUUUUAGAAAUAAUAAUAUAGAUUUAUCAAAUUCAAAUUCAUCAAAUGUAUUGUAUAUUAAAUUGAAAGAUCAAAGUAUUUCAAAUUUAGUAUUUCAAUUUAUUCCAAAACUUGGAAUUGAUACAUAUGAACCAAAUAACAAAAUAUCUGGUACUCCUAGAUUUUUUAAAAGUAAAUGGAAUUCAGCAUCGUCUAUUUAUGAAGUUUCUUUUGAUUUACCUGCACGUUUACCAACUGGACCAAUUUCAUAUAUUUUAAAUCCAUUAGAAAUUGAUAGCUCAAUCUUGUAUCAAUAUUUUGGUAGCCCCUCUGAGCUUAAUGUGUACAGUCAAAUAGCUGAUAUUAUGGGACCAAUUGCAUUAUCAUAUAACACUAUAGGAAAUACCACCAUUCCAUCAAUUAAUGAACCACCAAACACAAUUGGUUUUCAAAUUUUAUUUGGUGAUUAUUUAAAUGGUAUUUCUCAAGUUAAUAUCACUGUUACCUCUGAUAAAACAUAUAAACAAAUGUUUAAAAAUUUUACAUUCACUGAGCCAUCAUUGGGAAAAUGGAUACAAUUUACAUGGGAAAUAAAAUAUGGUGAUAUCCCUCAAACAUUUUCAAUAUCAGAACUAUCGGCAAUUGAUUCAAAUGGUUAUAUUACAGAAUUCCCAAACCCAACCAAAGUUAACCCUCUUAUGUUAUUGGUGGAACUUUACCCAUCUUUUUCAAUUCAAACUAGCGGGGAAACUCCAACUGAUGUCACACCGCCAUACAUGCAGGUAUAUCAUGUAAACCAAUUGAAUAUUGAAAACUACCUUGAUAGGACACUUGAAAUUAAUUUUACAGUUUAUGAUGGCGAAUCUGGAAUUUAUAUUGAAGAACCACCAACAAUUUAUUUCAUUAACGAUAAUGUUGAAAUCAUUUCAAAACAAACUUCAUAUAUAUCAGGUACUAGUUCAGGAUUAGGUUUUUUUGAAAAUGCUAUAUUUGGUGUUAAUAUUACUCUCCCUUACCUUUUUGGAUACCCCAAUGGCUUUUUAACUCAAAUUCAUGGAAUUUACGAUAAUAAAUUUAAUGUUUUGGGUGCAACACCCGAUAUUAUCAAUCAAUACAAUAGAGGUAAUUCAUUUAUAAAUGUUACUAUUGGCCAAAGUCAACCAUUCAUUGAAAGUUUUGUUAUGGAUAUUGAUGGUGAUUUAUUAACUGUAAAUGGAUUAAAAUUUGGUAUAUUACCAACUGGAAAAUUAAGAAUUAAUGGGGCAAUUGAAAAUCUAAAUAUAUCUCUACCAUUUUUAAACAACACAUACAUAGUCUUUGACUUAAAACAGUAUAGAAACAUUAAUGAUACCAAUUGUCAAAUAUAUAUUACAAAUCAAUUAGGUUUUUCUUCAAAUGAAAUUAAUUUUGUUCUUAAAGCACAUACAAAUGUUACCAUGCCACCAACUACAACACCUCAUCCAACUUCAAACCCUACAGCUACGCCUUCUUUAACAGCGAACCCAACACCUCUACCAACAAAUUCACCGUCACAAUGUAAGAAUGAUUGUGGUGGUAUAGCCCAAGGUCAAUGUUCAAAUUUGGGUUGUAUUUGUAUUUCUCCAUACAUUGGUAUAGAUUGUUCAUCAAAAGUUAUUGUUGAUAUUGAUCCAAUUGUAAAUAAUUCUCAACCUGAAGUUAUCACUCCCUAUCAACAUGAAAAUUCUGGAAAUAAAUUCUCAACUUUAGUUUCAAUUUACUCUCUUAGAGAAUUGGGUUUUGAUGGAAAAGUUGAAAAUGAUUAUAUUUUUGAAAUGUGGAACUACCAAUAUUACAACAAUGAUAAUCAUACAUACUUUACAAGUAUAAAAAAUAAGAAUGAUCUUUCAAAGAGAACAAAUAUAACUGUUUCAAUAAAAAUGUAUAAACAAUUAACUACUAUACAAUUUGCUGGUGAAAAUAUAACAAUUCAACCAUCUUCAAUCAAGUAUUUUAUUUCACUCUCAGAUUACCAAUUCAAAAGUAAUUUAAAUACAUUAGAUUUAGUAAUGUAUACAUCUAUAGAAACAGAGAAAAUAGAUGAUGCAUGUUUUAGUAGUGAAUUUGGUGAUUCAUCUUCUCAACUAUCUUCUCAAUAUCUUAAAAUUCAAAUCAAUGAUGUUAGUCUCUAUGGAGAGUUUAUUAAACGAGCAAUUGUUGAUACUCACAUUGUCGGUGUUUUAAAUAAAGUAAGAGGAAAUAAUAUUAACUCCACUUCAAAUGGUAGUUCCUCCUCACAAUACAUUUCAAUUCAAAUUCCAAAUUAUAAAACCAGUGUUGAGCUCGAUCCUAAUUUUUCAGUUCUUUUAGAAUCCUCAAAAAUAGAAAAUUCCACUUGCAAUAAAAAUCAAUCUGGUUUGACAAAGACUCAAUUAAUUGGUAUAAUAAUUGGUUCAACAGCAGGGUUUAUUUUAAUUUUAAUUAUAGUGAUUUCAAUUGUCUAUAAAAAAUCAACCACACUAAGAAUUAAUAUUAAUAGAGCUAAAAAAUUCAGAAUGAAAAAAUUAUCUUUCAAAUAA